AUGAUGGACAGCACACCGGAGAGUCCUCGCUUUCCAUUGUUUGCCACCCGGCUCCAGGCGGUUUUUUGCUCAUCUUCUUAUGGAUCAAAGGCUGUUUGCAAGCAGUUCGGCGCGAAUUGUGAACGUCAAUGUGGAUCUGAAAUUUUGCGGAAAAUGGCUGCAGCUGCUGGGAUCGCACUCGCAUUUGAGGCUAUCCGGUUUGUUGUCAAGAGAGGAUCCAUCGAAGAUAUGCAUAGAGCGUAUGGCUUGAGCGAAUCGACUGGAAAUGUCUACCAGGUGACGUGUGUGCUGAAGCCAGGAGAACAACGUACUUUCGCUCGCGGCGACAUCGAUUGUUUUCUGGCAACGAUUCUGCCACACCAUCGAUUUGUGCAACUCCGAAUCCAUCAGAAAUACGUAUUAGACGCGGUGAUGAUGCGUGAGAACGCCGUGCGCAUCGUCGAAAGCGUGCUUCGCCUGAAUCGAGAAAACAAAGCGUCGAAGCGACGAUUUUUCUACGUGGAAUUUUCGGGGUGCGCUCUCUAUAGCUGGUGGCCGAAGGAGUGCGCUCGCUUCUACACAAACGGCAUCUUUCUGACACCAUUCUGGAAAACGAGCACCAAGCGCGAUCGCAAAAAUAUUACGUUCUACGUUGAUUCGUUUAGGUGUUCUGCGUCUUGGCUGAUCGGCUGGAAUUAUCAAAACUCUGCACAACUAUACGACGACGCGAUACGGAAAUCCGUGACUCCAGGCUACGGAUCACCGAAGCGGUUUGCCCAUCCGCCUUUCCCCGACAAUGUCAAGUUA